AUGGUUUUUCCAUCGAGAACCCCGAUAAAAUUAAACGUAGGGGGCCACACCUUCGAAACGACCGUUGGCACGUUGAAAGGAUCCGCCAGACUUUCCGAACUCGUCUAUGAAGCUGAAGAACUACAAAUAGACAGAAAUAAUGAGGCGAUUUUCAUCGACAGAGAUCCAAAACAUUUCCCAGAUAUCCUCAAAUAUUUACGUGGAGGAAAAUUAAGUUUUUCGAAAUGUGCUAAGGAAAUCGAGGGGAUCAGAGAAGAGGCUGAGUAUUACGGUAUCGAAACAUUGGCUGAAAAACUACGAGCGGAAGAGUCCCGCUGCGGUCCAUUUUUCGUUGGGGAACACGUGAUUUGGAGAGAUCCUAACAUUCGGCAUCUGUGCUCGGAUAUGGGAAUUAAAUUUGAUGGAUCAACGGAAAAGUUACCUCUGUGUUUGAAUGCAUUCAGAGAUGUGGAAGGAAUGCACGAGCAUUGCUGUUCAUGGUGUCAUUUGACGAGAAGCGUCCUUGAAAAUAACUGCAUUUUUGACUUCCCACAUAGUCAUACUCAGUGUCCAGGGACGAUAGUUAAGGUCUAUGGGGAUUCUUGUUGUUACGAUGUCACCUUCGGGACAUGGCCGGAAGUUUUUCAUGUGCUUGGAAACAUGCUGCGAUUGGAAAAGGAACGAACGAAGUGA